AAGAGCAACUUGACACUGAGUCUUAUUUUGGUCGUUUCUCUUCCUGGCAAUCUGUCCAGCAGGGGGGCAACGUGUCUAACUUUGCCUGCAUAUUUAGAAAUGUUACUUUUAGUCAGCUGCUUAAUGUACUGAGCUCCCGUGAAACCUACAGUAAUCCCAACAGACAGAAACUUUGGUUCAAAACGCUUUGCUGGUGAAAUGGGUGUUGCUGACUGAAGUAGGGAACGAUCGUCCCGGAUCACGUCCUGCCAUUGCGUCGCCAAGAGUCCGGAGGCUGAGGUUUGUGUGGACAUUUCUGGGAAAGACUCCAAAGCGCACUUUUGUUACGAAGAACCUGGGAAGAAGCAACGGCCGCGCUGUACACUUUUUUAUUUCUUUUCUUUUUUUUUUUUUUUUUUGCAUUUUGUCAGAAGUUCAUCUUUCCUGCGCCCAGAUCAUCUCAUAGUUUGUUGGAAAUAAACAAUGUCCAAGGAUUAUGUAGAUAGUUUAAGUUAUUAGGGUGAGUGUACUUUGGAGAUGUUACGUGGUCCACAACUUUUCGCCGAAAUACUUUAUUCAUUUUCUCUGGGAGCUGAGGAAUUACUUUAAGUAUUUUGGAUGAUCUAUACUGCUGAUCCUCUGGGAUUAUACUUGAAAACUUCUGGAUGUAAACCGACUUUCGCACUAAAUUCCAAGCUCUUCUUCUUUUAUUCGCACUGUCUGCCAAAUAAAGAGCAAAUGAAGUGGAUUUCCACGGCAGGAGGUAUGCUCUGAAAGAGAUCACUGGCAGACUGUUAUGUGCCGAUCCUGCACACUGUAUGUCUUCAUCUGGAAUUAAUUGAUUAACAAUCUCAAAUGCACUAAAGACGCGUGGUGAUCGCGGCUCCGCCACUGGAUCUGUAUCUUUCCCUCAGUGAGUGUGUACUUCAUCUGACAUCUCGCCACAAUGCGGGGGGCCUUUGUACUCUGUUCAUGUCUUAUAUAUCUGUUAACCUGGACAGGUGAAGCCGAUAAACAGACUCACCUCAAGCGGGUGCAGUUGCAGAGACGCGCAAGAUUUGGGCGUUUCCAUUUGUACUCAAAGGACAAAGAGCGCAUCGUCGGCCGUGUGCGCCCUGGGUUUGGUUCGGCAAUAUCGGUGCAUAGCUCCAAGAACGGGGGAGAUGUACAGGCUGACGAGAGUGUUCCAGUUUCCACUAGGACUGGGGCCGUGCAGGGCAAGAGAGCAGAUCAAGGUCUAGCGACAAGGAGAGGGGUGGCAGGACAGAUUGGAUUGCCCCGUCAGCCGGACACGAUGCAAGAUGAGGGCACCCCAGGAGCGAGAGCUAGGGUUAUCCGGAUGCCCAGCGGCGCUGGAUCACCAAACCUGUUGGCUAGUUUCGCAGGGAAGAACCGCGUCCUGGUCAUCUCUGCGCCUCAUGAUUCAGAUGGCUAUUAUCGAUUGAUGAUGUCUCUUCUAAAACCGGAUGUGUACUGCGAGCUCGCUGAGCGACAUGUCCACCAGAUUGUCAUGUUUCAUCAGGAGGGUGAGAUGGGGGGCAAGGUGAGGAGGAUCACCGCAGAGGGCAAGGUGUUGGAGGAGCCGCUGGACACAGCGCUCAUUCCCAGACUUAUGAGCUUCCUCAAACUGGAGAAAGGUAAGUUUGGGAUGGUGCUGCUGAAGAAGACCCUGCAGGUGGAGGAGAGGUACCCCUACCCUGUGAGGAUGGAGGCCAUGUACGAGGUGAUUGACCAGUCACCCAUGAGGAAGUUGGAGAAGCUCAGACAGAAAGGCUUCGUCCAGAAGUGUAGAGGAGCCGGUGUCGAGGGCCAGGUGGAGGAGGGCACACUUACAGUAGAUACACCAGCAGAAAGAAAACCAGGGAAAAAGAUUCAGAGAAAGCCCACGACAACAGCCACGACUGCCACAACCACAUCAACGACACGACCAACUACAACAACUACUGCCACCACCACAACAACUACGACCCAGCCCACCACUACCAGCACCACAACCAGAGCAACAACAACCACAACUAAAGCAACAACAACAACAACCAAAUCCACCACUACCACCACCAGAAGAACCACCACAAAACGACCCACCACUACCACUACCACUACCCAGAGACCAACCAGAGCUCACACCUCAGCCCUGUGGCUCCCAGCUCCCAGAACCACUGUUGAUCCUUACUACUACAACCGCAGAGAGAAGUACCUGGCUAAAACCACACCAGCUGGAGACAAUCACACUGACAAGGAAAACAGAGAUCCACACAGCCGCAAGCUGGUACCUGCCACCCAUAAACCCUCCAGGAUCAAGCCCAGCAGGAAGAAGAAUGGAGGGGAGAAGGUGCUAACUAAUGAAUACGAGGACAAGUAUGAACCUAGCAAGCCGACAGAGGAGACAGAAACCUUCACAGACAUCAGUCCCACCAAGAAGGUCAAGGGCAAGCACGAUAAGCUUGACAAGAAGAAGAAAAAGAAUGACAAGGCUGGCAAGAAAGAAGAGAGGAGAGGAAAGGCGGGGAAAGAGGGAAAGGUCAACGGAAAGAAAAAUGGAAAGAAGUUGUUAAAGUUCCCUGAAAAAGAGGACUACCCUAAGCCCACUAAGAAGCCCACGCCCACUCCGAAGGGGUCUCUGGCUUUCUUCCUGGACUACUUUGAGAACAGGAGGCGGCUGCUGCUGAUUACAUCCCCCAGCGAGGAGAACAGUAUGUAUGUGCAGCAGAGGGAUGAGUACUUGGAGUCUGUGUGUGAAAUGGCCAUCAGGAAAGUUUCCAUCAUCACCAUCUUUGGUUCCCUGACCAACUCAACCAUGAAAAUUGAUCAUUACCAGCUGGAAAAUGACAAGCCUAUGAAGGGUCUUCGUCAAGAGGAUCUGGUGAACCAGGAUCUCAUCACAGAGCUGAGGAAAGAGUUUAGCAUGACAUAUGAUGACUUCUACAUGGUCCUCACCGACACUGACAUCAGAGUUAAGCAAACCUAUGAGGUUCCCAUCGCCAUGAAGGCUGUAUUUGACUACAUCGACACCUUUUCCUCCCGCAUCCGAGAGAUGGAACAGCAAAAGAGAGAUGGGGUUGUCUGUAAGAAAGAGGAUAAGCCCAGAUCGUUGGAGAACUUCCUCUCCAGGUUCCGCUGGAGGCGCCGCCUAUUCAUUAUCUCCACCCCAACCGAUGAGGAGUGGGCCUAUCAGCAGCAGCUGUAUUCCCUAACAAGCCAGGCUUGCAACCUUGGUCUGAGGCACAUCGCCAUUCUGAAGUUGGUCGGCACAGAGCCACCAGAUAUUGGUGGAGUCUUGGAACUCUAUCCUAUUAAUGGAAGUGCUACCGUGGAGCGUGAAGGCCUGUCAGGCACCCUGGUGAAGGACAUGAGGAACUACUUCCAGAUCAGCCCAGAAUACUUCUCCAUGCUGCUGGUUGGGAAGGACGGAAACGUUAAGUCCUGGUACCCUUCACCCAUGUGGUCCAUGGCUAUUAUCUAUGACCUGGUAGACUCUAUGCAGCUACGCAGACAGGAGAUGGCCAUCCAGCAGUCACUGGGUAUGCGAUGCCCUGAGGACGAGUAUGGUGGCUAUGGCUACCAUCAGCAUGGAUAUGAACACGGUUACCAGGAUGGCUAUCAUCAGGGCUAUGGUUACUAAUUUCUUGCUCUGCCAUGCAACUGGUGCUUGGCACUAUUGACCUGUUUCAUUUUUCACCCAUAACCCUUUUAUAACCUUUCCUACCCAUCUUCCACCGAGCAGUUGCCUCAGGUCGAGUGAGAUCCCUUAAUGUUUUGUAGCACUUACAAGGGGGCUUUAACCAGAGUCAGUUAGUCAGAGUGUGAUGUGUAGAUCAGGGAUCAGGGAUCUGCUGUGUUUAGUUUUGUUUCUGACUUCAAAUAAGGAGUCUUUUGCAUUAUAUUAUCUUCCCCCUUCACUUGCAUUCCAGGUCAGAUUUACAUAUUCGUGUUAUCAGUACAGACCUUUAUUUUGUAGAUAAUGGUCUAAAAUAAGACGUAUGUAUUUAUUGGACAUCUGUUGGUACAUUAUUUCUCUUUUGUAAAGUUUCUGUUGCUACACAAUGUUCUUAUUUAUACUACACUGCUAUAUGACAAAUGAUCAUUUGUUUAAUAGGAGUAGUGGUCCCUGAAUUGCUUGCUUUGCACAGUAUAUUAACAUUCACCAGUUUGUUUCCAGACUCUCUUAUUUGAAGCUACAUCUCCUCCUAGUGGUCUAAUAAGAUGAUUAGAAGGGAAAUUGCUUGACAGUAUAUUUUAUUGGCCAUUUAACAACAAAACUAACCCAAUCAUAUAUUCAGAAAAACAUGUGCUGUACUUCAGACAAUGAAAAGUAAAAGAGAUGGUUUUUAACCAACAAUAGUGAUAAACAUGUAGGGCUAGCCAAUAAUUGUUGAAAUCCAUUGAGCUUAGUAUUCCUCCACGAUUUGCAAACAUAAAUUUAUCUUAAAUGUGCAUUCCAUUAUGAACAGGACAUCUAGAAUCUUUCAUUUGAUGCAAUGAUGCAACUGAUUUGGGGUACUGAUAUUGUACUUAACGUUUUAAUAUAAAGUGAUAAUACAAUGAG